GUUCGUCUGUGUAUAACACAAACAACACUAUCUCUCGGCCCGCAUUCACUCCUCGUUUGUCGCACUUCACUCAAGGUCGGAGGGAAUUUCGAGGCUUUUAGUCGGAGUGACGGUUUUCUCAGCAACUGAUCCAACUUGCCAACCCCAUCUUACAGCAACGAUGGUACCGAUAGCUUCGUCCAUUGGCAAAGCGAUGUUCUUGACCGGUGUCGGGUUAGUGGCCACAGGUUUGGUCGGCCGCUACUACUUUAUCCGUCGUCGCCAGCAGCGAACUUCUCUCCCGACCCUUGGCGACAGAGAUGUUGUUAUUAUUACCGGGUGUGAUUCCGGUUUGGGCUUCAACAUGGCCAUUAUGUGCCUCGAGGCGAAUGCUGCCGUAAUCGGUACAUUUGUCAGCACCAGCUCGGACGGGUAUGCCAAGCUUUGCAACAGUGCCCACAAAAAGAUGAUACCAGUGAUACUGGACCUGUGCGAUGAAUCGAGCAUCAAUGCGGCAAUCAAAACCAUCCGGGCCAUCCUUAGCGACGCCACCAUCCGCCUGUACGCGCUAGUCAACAACAGUGCGGUGAUGUGCUUCGGCGAGGCGGAAUGGUUACCGGCAACACUCAUUACCGAACAGCUGCGCGUGAAUCUCGCCGGUCCACUCCUAUUUACUGGUGGGCUGAUUGACCUGCUCCGUCGGGACCGCGCCCGGCUGGUCAUUGUCACGAGCCAUUGCAGCCAACAGGCGCUGCCCGGGUUGAGCGUUUACUCGGCCACUAAAGCCGCCCUACACGGCUGGGCAACGGCGAUCCGAUUCGAGCUGGAACCGCACGGCGUUCCCGUGGUCGAGAUCAUGCCUGGUUCCUUCCUUCUCCACUCCAACAUCUGCGCCCGCCAGGCGACCUUUUUCGACGCAAUGUGGGCCGGUAUGGCUGAGGAACAGCGGUGCUGUUACGGGCGCUACUUUCAACGUUACCGCGACUAUCUCGACCCCAUCUGCCAGCCACGACCGGCACAGCGAUUUCCAGAGGAUAACACUCUCAGCGCCGUUAUCAACGGUGCGCUAUUCGACCCCGUGCCCAAGCGGAUGUACAAAUGUGAACCAUGGCGGUACUGGUUGUACUAUACUGCAUUCGCUUGGACGCCCUACUCGGUACGGAGCUGGCUCAUUCGCCGCUUCCUAGCCAUGCCCACCUAUCAUGAGGACUAGCGGAUGAUGUUUGGUCGUCUUCACCCUCGAGGAGCCGCACACCGCCCGCCCGCUUUUCUAUUAACCAACUAACCAAUCUUCCCAACGCCAAACCCGUUUGAGAACAUAGAUAUCUACUAUGACAGACUUUAUGUACUCAAUUGAUCUUGAUUGCCUCUGUGUCACCUCAUCAAUAUGUACAAUAAAUGCAAUAUAUACGCUUCGAUCCGA